UGGGUUGGGGACGACUGCGCUGCUCCAACCGCGCCAAACAUGGUCCUUUCGAGCAUUUGCUCUUGGCCGCCUCUGCUUCCGAUCGCCCUCGCCCGCCAUGUCGUUUCGCUCUGCCCUGCAGAGCCUGCACCUAGCCCACGUCGACGAGGUCAACCGAGGUCAGCUGCCAUCAUGCAGGCUGCCCAGUGGCUCCCUUGGCCAGCAUCCUUGUCUUUGCAUCCCGAUCCCCGGCCUGGACAGAGCUCCCAGCGUUUCCGUCGUGCCCAUUCAUCGGCUCUAAACCUCCCGCCUCUGAAAUGCAUCUAUGCACGCCCAAUACCACGCCCAAUACCACACUCAAUACCACGUUCGGCCCGUCGCCGCAGCCGUGCGAGAGGCAGUAGAGCGACAUGCCGCACACAUCAUCGAAGAGCGCGAUUCGUUGCAGGAGGAGCUGUUGACCUUGCGUCGAUCCUACCAGACGGCGCUCGUGCGCAUCUCCCAGCUUGAGGGCAAAUACAUGACCAUCCACUCGCAAGCCGAGGCCUUCGAUGACGUGGCCGACGAUGAUGCACCUAGACAGCGCCGCGGCUAUCAGUGUCGCCAAUGCCAUGGUCAGCAAACCCCACAGAUCAGCCCUGACGAAACCCGCACAACCAACGACAGCGGCAGCGACGACAAACCUCGCGGUGCCGAGUCGGCGAACGAACCCAGCAACGAUGAACCCUUGGCCGGGAGGUGGAAUCCGCUGCUUAGAUCGCUUGCCAAGGCCUGGAAAGAUACGCCGUGGAUUACCCUCGACGCUGUGCUGUCGUCCCACUCCGGGCUGCUCCAAGGUCUCGACAGCGCUCUGGCUGACACAGAUGCCGAUGGACUGCAGCAAGCGCCCAGGGCCCGGUCGCCCGCAGGAACAAGCCGAUCUGCCAUCCCAACCCCGAAUACACGCCAACGUCUGUCCAGCCCGAUUCCGCCGCGGCCGCUGGCAGCAUCCACACCAACCUCGCCCGAACUCUCGUCCAUGCCAACGCCGCGCAGAAUGCCGCCGACACCAUCGGAGCGGCGGCAGUCCGUCAUCGUCAUUGAUACAGACAAGGAAGACAGCGAUGCUGGCGACAGGGAAGCCAAUGACACAGACGACAGCCAUCGUCGCGGCGAGCAUGGGCAUGAUCCAAACGGUGGCGGCCAUGGCGAUCGCCGUGGUAGUCAGGACGACAUGGCUUUGUUCUUUCAACCAGAAGCUGGUGGUCGAAGCAAGAGUCGCAUCUUAUCGCCACAACAUCGUGCACCCCGUAGCCGUGAUCCGUCAAGUUCGCCGGAGCUCGAAGGUACGCCAGCCUCCCAGAGCUCGCGAGCGAUUCGUAGCUCGAUGCUGGACUACAUCGAGGAUCUGUUCCCUUUCCCGAUUAAGCCAAGGCAAAUCGUCGCGGACAAGAGCCGGAGCGAGGAUGUGCCCGCCCAAGUGGAAUUGGAUGAGAGCAUCUCAGAUGAUCAAGACGAGAGCAGCAACGCGCACCAAGGAGAGAGCAAAGUCAAAAGCGCUCUGAACGACCAAGGCAAAGACGCAGAUAUUCACUGCAACGAUGACGGGGACGACGAGGAACUGAAUGACGACGUUGUUCUGGCGUUUGAGACACCAGCGCGGCCGAAACGGCCACAGCGACUGCAGCAGCCGGCCCAGGAAUCUGCAAUGCUCGAAACGCCGAUAUCCAACGUCCGUCCGCCGCGGAUCCUCGUCAAGGAGACCCCACUCGCCAGAGGACGGGCGGGUCCCGGUCUCGGCAAGUCUAAAUUGCCGUUAGUUGAAAGCACGGUAUCUGUCGAUCUCACGCGCAGACCGAUAUCGAUGCUCAAGAAGCAUCAUGACCACCAGACGACCAAGGGCGCACUGAAGCGUCCCAACUCUCGCUUGGAGGAAUAUUCUGUGAUGGAAGAACAAGGCGCGGAGAAUAUGACGUCGGCGGCCGCACAAACCCGCUCGCCCGAGUGGCUGGGAGACGACAUGGAGCCUCUUCCGUCGCCCAGCCUAUCCACACGCAAAAUGCUGAAGCGGGCGAAAUCCGACUCAAUCCUGGAAGCCAAGGCGCCGGAGAGUGGCCCAAGGCCAAACCCAAACCAUGUCCUCUUAACAAACGACGAGAACGGCCGCCGAGAGCCCAGCGUUCGAAAGACGGAAAGUGGCGCCAGGAACGACGCUGGUUCCAAGGAUGGAGGCGGUAGUAAAGAUGGGCAGGCAAGCAGCACCACCGGUCGGAUCAAGAGCGAUAAACCAGCAUCUGCUGCCGCCGUUACGUCUGCCAAGGAAGACGAGCGAGUGGAGGGCUGGCGACGGCCGGAUGUGGCUUACAAGUACAAGCAAGUGUUUCGAAAGAAGGAGGACCGGAGCUGUCUGCAUGGCACGGACUGCCACAACUGCCAUCUGUACUUUAAGGAGGUUGGUCACGACAAACAACAGUUGAACAAGGUGUCUCGGCACAAAUACCUGUAUCAGCCUCCGCCGACAUCUCCCCCGGGGUGAGUGAAUUCCACCCACUGUCGAUGGCGCCCUCACUUUGUGAUCCACCAUCGAAGCAUCGGCAACCAGAGUUCGAUUUCAUGCGACUUCCUCCUCUCAACAUCUCGAUUCUGAUGGCUUGC